UGUUUCAAGAUGGCGGAGGUGGCCGCCGGGCCGGGCGGAGGCGUUUACUGGAGUCGGGACGUUUCUGAUGAAGAGCAGCCAAUGGUGUCUGUUUCAGGAGUGUCUACAAAAGAAAAUUUAAGAACAAGGUAUUUGCCAAACUACCAAAAAAGUAAAACUGAGCCAAAGGUGCUUCUAGCUGUUGCUUCUGUUUCAAUGGAUCCUGCUAGAAGCUCAGGAGAUCUGACAGGGCAGCAGGUCACUAAUGAGGGAGGAAUGAAGAGUGCUUCUUUAAAGGAUUUGUGUCCUGAGGACAAGAGACGCAUUGCAAACUUAAUUAAAGAACUUGCCAGGGUAAGUGAAGAAAAGGAGGUGACAGAAGAACGGCUGAAAGCUGAACAGGAGUCAUUUGAGAAGAAGAUCAGACAGCUAGAGGAGCAGAAUGAACUUAUCAUCAAGGAAAGGGAAGCUCUGCAGCAGCAGUACAGAGAAUGCCAGGAACUUUUGAGCCUUUAUCAGAAGUACCUAGCUGAGCAGCAGGAAAAACUAUCGCUCUCCCUGUCUGAACUCAGUGCUGCCAAGGAAAAGGAGAAGCAGGUAUGCAGUAAGAAGAGCUCAUGCCAACAAGCAUCUUUGGAACUGGAUGGUUCCUACUUGGGUAUUGGGGCACCUCAAACUUUUUAUCAGAACAGUAGAGCAUCGAAGGGUGGAAGCCCAGCCCGGGUGGCGUUGUCUCAACCAUGCAGGAAUAAUCAUGGUUACGGGACUGAAGUCCCUUUCAACCAUCAGAAGUGUCCGAAGGAAUGUCCUGUAGAAAAUGCCUUGCACAGAAAGUGUAACAACGUGACUUCCCCUGUCAAGCAGAGGAGCCCUCACUGUGUAAAACCAGCUCAGGAGAUAGACUGGAAAGGAAAUGAAUUUCGGAGCUCGUGCCCUCAGCCAGGGAGUCAGAGUUGUGCCUGCAGGCACGGAGGGAGCUCAGGGAGCGUCAACCAGGUACUUAGAAGACACUCUGGGCCAGUUCACAAAACCUGCGAUUAUUCGAGGCACUCUCGAGUUUCUGGUCUGAAUGACAACGUGGACUCGGGGCCCAAAGAAACAGAAGAGACGAAAAGGUUGUACGAAGAGCGAAGGCAGAAGCUGCUUCUGCAGAAAAUGGAGCUGGAAAUUGAAAAGGAGCGACUCCAACAUCUAUUGGCUAAGCAGGAAACAAAACUGCUCCUAAAACAACAGCAACUACACCAGUCCCGCAUGGAUUAUAACAGGUUUAGAGGCCACGUACCUGUUUCAGAAGAUGUGCCCAUUGAUGAAGCACGUGGAGAACUUGCUCUGAUGAUGAACAGCAACAGCAUGGGGCCGAGUGUGCCGCUGUUGAAACACGAAGAUUAUUUUCUGAGGACACCACCAGUGAGCAAAACCUCCAGAACACCAGGGAGUAGCGGUGGGAGCGGCUCAGGGAAGAAAAUGCUUGGUUUUGGUGCAAACGUGGAAGACGGGCGAGCCCUUCUGAUGCAAACCAAAAGGGAAGGCACCAAGUCAAGGAAAGGGACAGCCUCCGGACCUAGGAAGAAUGCAGCCAUAUCUCCUGCGCUGGUCAGCAGUGGCAAAGAGCUUGCAGCUGCAGUCACAUCUCCAAUCCGGCAUGACACUUCACGGUACAAAGCCAGUCUCCUUGACCUGGUUGAAGCAAUGAGUCCCAUAUCUGUCUCUGGACACCUCUGCAGAGAAUCUUACGACAGGAACAAAGUGCACACGCCUCGUCAUGCAAGCCACAGGCCGUUGUCUUGGUACCAGACCCCUUGCAGCUCCAUAAGCAGAGCAGAAGAGCUGGAGGAGAGCCGGCUCCUCGAGGAGAUUUUCUUCAUCUGACGUGCCUUGUUGGUCUACAGCCCUUCUCUAGAAUUUUUAGGACCUUUUUAUUGCUGAUUUGUUUGUGUUAAAGUACCUUUUUUAAAUUAUUUGAGUGACAACUGCUUGUCUCCCCUCUUCUAAAACGCAGAUAAUUAGCAUCCAGUUUCAUUCUGGUUUUAGUAAUCAUGGUGCAAGAACAUUGUUGGAAUAGACUAAUCAGAAAGCGUUAACCUUUUUUUUUCUAAACCUUUCAUGUGCCAAGUAAUCGUUCUAAAAUAGAAUAUUUUUUUUUAAUCUACAACAUUUUCUAAUAGAUUGAAGUCACAGUUUUGCCAGCCUCAUAUCGGAAGUAUAUUUCAUUAUCGAUUUUUAGCUCUAAAGCAGUUUGCAAGAACUGCCUAACAGUCAAGAACCACCACGUUCAAAGUAGAUUAUUUUCUAAUUAAACAAGUCUGCUUAAAACCUGGCAUAUUAUAAAGGUACAAGCACUUUAGUACUUCUUUCAGUGAUUUUAUGAUCUACAUUUUCCCUUCAAUAUUCUCAUAUUCAACACGCUGGGCUUUUAGGGGAUAUAUCGUAAGCUCAGCUAUACAGUGUCUAAUAACAUUAAUAGACAAUGUUGCAGGUUGAUGUACUAGGCAUCCGUUUGAAAUAUACUCCUCUUUAAAUCAGUGCUAUUUGACAGAGUUUAUGUGCUAAGUAACCUAACCCUGAAGCAGCAGAACACAGUCAGACUUUGUAGUGGUCCAAAGCCUAUGUGAUGUACUUUUCAAGAUGAAAUAUAUAGUAGUGGUAGUAUAAGAACAGUCUUAAGACAUUUUCACUAACUUGCACUAUUUUGAUCCUGUAUCCCGGCUCCAUUGUAAAUAAGACAAAUCAGUAAUUAUUUCCACUAGCGGCUUGCAAUGCACGUUUCCCUGCCGACUUUAAUUAUUCAUGCUGUAUGUAUUUCAGUUUAUUUAAAUGCACUUCCAUCUACUGCGUGUACUUGGUUAUUUAAAGAAAUGUGCCGAAUUGGUAAAAAUGACUGCAGAUUACAGGAUUAAUGGUCAUUUUCUCCAAAAUGCAGUGUUCAUAUUUUAUUGUAACAGUAGCCACCGGCAUGUGUUCCUAGAAAUAUGAGGCUAAAAUACUCAUUUUGCACAGUAAAAUUGCAGCGAGGGAAAGGUAGAAUGGAGCCAGUACGGGCAAGUUCUAGGCCAUUUGCUCCCAAACACCGUUUCGUGGGCCAGUACAGCUUUUUCUGACAGUCUCUUCAGGCAGCCCUGCUUAUCUUCACGGCAGAGAGAUGCUGUACUGAUCCUUGGGGUAUGGCUGCUGCCUGCCCUUCACCUGCUGUCUCCUCUUUGGUGCUCUGCGAGGAGCUGGCAAGGUUCCUCUCUGGUGAAGAGCAUCGGUGCAGGACCUCUAGCACGUGCCCCUGGCAGCACCGUCCUCCUACAGCGAUGAAACGAAAGGAGAAAGGAGGGGAGGACGAACCUCAGGUUACCCUGGGCUGUUCCGUUCAGACCCGGCCUCCAUCACAAAUUAGGUGAUGUCCUUCUCCUGCAUCCCAGCUGAAUUUUAAAAGCUGCUUGGAGGAGUUUGAAGGAGUGGAGCAGCAUUACUGGAGCAGAAAAUGACUACUGUGGAAAGGCCCUGCAUGGUCUGUCCUGCUGUCAGUGAAGUAUUAUAGGUUCUUUCCAGUAUGUCCACCUGCUGUUGAAUGUCCCUCCUGUUCUGCUCCUUGAGCCUGUGAAGGCACAGGUUUCUGCUUAAAGCCCCAAAGAUGCCUUCUGUGCCCUCACCCAAGCGUGACAGGUGGGGAAAUAGGUUCUCUCAUUCUGCUGGCUGAAUAUUCUGCUUCUUUAAGAGGGCAGGGAAAGGGAGGGGAAAGAAGAGAAAAAUGUAUAAGGAGCAGCAGGAAAACUGAAAAACCAUGAAGAAAAGACUAUCACAUAGAUCUUAGGGUUUGGGGUUGGGUUUCGGUGUUUUUUUAGUUUUGUUGGGGAUUUUUUUUUUUGUUGACGUUUGGCAUUUAUAAAGACACAGUUCUCUGAUUUCAGUCCAAUUGCUUCUCUUUUCCAGGUUGACUGAAACUUUAAUUGCCUUUUCUAAUAAGUGCUAACUGACCUUUUGAAACAGCAAAAAUUACAUGUAUAUCUCUUGAAAGGUGCCUUUGUGUACCCAGUCAAGAACACUGCGUGGGAGCAUUCUGUUCUUUGGUUCUUGUGGGUGCCAAUAUUUAGCUGCUUUAGGAUUCCUUAUGGUCCAUUUUGUUCAUUAACAAUUCUAAUUCUGAUGGUGACUUUUGACUUGGAUCUAUGUUUUGGAAGUAGCUGUUUUUAAAAGGACAUUGUCAGGGUUGUGGGCUCUACGCUCAAGGUGCUACACAGGAGGCAUACCUUUAUGAAGCCAAGAAUUGUAGAGUUAAGGUGGUUGAAAUGUCUGGUGGGUGAAGACCAACGUUUUAGCAGUCUAUGAGAUGUGGGUGAAGAAACGAAAGCUAUUAAUUUGGUAGGCCCCUUGAAAAAUCAUUUUUUGUAGUGCUGGCUCUUGCUCUAGUUAUCAGCAGUACAUUAGGAACAGUGUUUAGCAGUCAGCGCAAGCAAAGAUAUUUUGCCAUGAGGCACUACAAAGUUGAAGUUAUUAAAACAUUUAUAGCCUUAGAAAAAAAAAAAUCAAUGAUUGUCAAAUACGAAAGGACAAAAUCAGUAGCUGGGACUGGGAGGGGAAUUGUUUUCCAUCUGCUAAAACAGUGGAGGAAAUGCAAAAAUUAAACCAGCAAAAGCAAUCACUUGACAGUGUCCUUUUAAGUUUAAGCUCCUAUAUUAGGAAGCUGCCGAUGGGGAUUUAGUCCAGCCAUAGAUUGUUUGUCCAGAAUGUUCCCAGUUGAUCUGCUUCAGCUACACGUCAGGCCGUGUUCUACGCAAGGCUCUGUGGGGGGACAUGACUUCUGCAGGGGCUCCCACCCAUGCCUUCACUUUGUGCUCUUCCCGAGCGGCUCGUACACGCGCGUUUGCCGAGUGUUUGUGUAGCCAUUGUGCCUUUGCACCUUGUAGCUGUGGCAACCACACCCUUUCCACUUCUGGCCUCUCCGGUCUCACUGUUGAAUCCCAUCUUGAGCGUAUAUUUAUAUAUGUAUGUGAAGUCUUAAUCUAAUAAAUUA